AUGCGCGCCCUCUGCCACAUGGAGCGCCUUCACCGAGCCCCGGACGCCGGCCCUCUACUCACCAGACUGCGUGCAGUGCCCAACUCGCGCGUCGGACGAAUCCUCGAUUUCUACGACAGCUUAGUGGUCGAGGAGCCGACGCCCCCUGCUCACUGGCCCGCCCCACACUGCCGCGAGCCCCUGCGAGUCUCCCUCGAGCUCCCCGGUGUCCGCUCCAAGCGCAACACCCCUCGCUGUGCCAUCGCUCAAGAAGCCGCAGCGCGGAUGCACGAGGACCUCGCCGGCAGGACUCACGUCUUCACUGACGGCUCUGUACUGCAGGACCACUCUGCUGCAGCAGCCUGUGUCGCCCCCGAGCUCGCCACUGAUGCCCAGAGACGCCUGAGCUACUGCGCCUCCUCUACCACUGCCGAGCUGGUGGGUCUACAGCUAGCUGCCGAUCUCCUUCGCGAGUCGCCGGCGGUCACCGGCGCGGCCAUCUUCUGCGAUUCCAGGGCAGCCCUGCGCCAACUCGCGAUGGAGGACCGCGGCCCUCCGCUCGCCCAGCGCGUCGCCCAGAGCCUCCUGGCACUUCGUCAGAGUGGUUGCGACGUGGUCCUGCAAUGGCUACCAUCCCACGUUGGCAUCGUGGGCAACGAGGCGGCGGACGAACUCGCGAAGCGAGCACACUCCAGCGCGACCCCGGUCACGGACUACGCAACAUCGUUCGACUCGGCGCGCAUCAACUUUCGCCGUGAGUUGAUGCGAGAGCAUCCGGACGCGCGGAUCGCCGCUGGACACGCCCCACCUCUCCUUCCUGCAACUGGCCUCUCCCGCCGCGAUCGCGCGCUCCUCCUCACCCUGAGGACCGGUUCGGCGUGGCCCGCGGAACGUAAACAUCGUCUCCGCGGAGCGGCUGCACCGAACUGCGUCGAUUGCGGCGCGGUAGAAACAGUUGCACAUCUCCUCUGCGAGUGCCCCGCCCUUGUCGACGCACGGAAGCGGCUGAAAACUGAGUACCACCGCCACGGCCUGCCCUGUGUAACCCUACAGGACUUCCUGUUCCCCACCGGCUACGAGGAUCGCCGCCGUGGCGCUCUUGUGGCCCUGAUCUCCUUCCUUCAACGCGCGGGCCUGAUCGAGCGGCUUUUCUAA